AUGUCGGUCUUGUUUGAUCAAAUCAAACGCCAGCAGUUGCCGCUAGCCUCGUCCGUCAACUAUCUGUCAUAUUCACGACUGGUCGGCAACGAAGUGGUUAUCAUUGAGAAUCGGCGAAUCAAAAUUGUGAACCUUGUUUCCGGAACGUUUUAUCUGGACAAUACGCUUGAUUUCGAUCCCACCGGUCUUUGUGGCAACGCCAAUGACGAUUUGCUGUGUUUGUACGACAACAAGAAGUGUUGUGUCGUGGCGUUAAAUAGUCCCGGCUCGCAAAUCGUCCAUACGGCUGUUUACUCGCUCCAAUUGAAGCUCCAACAUAAAGAAUCUGUGUUACAAGUGAUCUUCAAUAGGGUCUCGAAAUUGGCGGCAGAACUGGUGGUGCUCACCACGGAGUCCAUCCAUAAUUACGACAUCAACUCCUCAUUAACAUCCCCAACCCACAUGUAUCUGUUACGGUCAAGCUCGCCGUUUGGGAACUCAGGUACUGUGGACGUGAUCGACCCGGUUUCCAUUGCAUUUGGGUCCGCAAAGGACACACUCAACCCGUGCGGCGACUUGACGCUGUCGAUAUUGACCUCCGACUUGUCCAUCUACAAGAUCUACCCGUAUUUACCUGCCAAUGUCUCUGUGUCCCAAGAAUGGAUGGAUGCUCUGUUUGACUAUGCAACCAUGAAAUACAACAGCAGUAAGGAGAAGGAGCAGGAGGUGGUGUUGAUGCUGAAGUUUGUCAUGUUGUUGUCGCAAACAAACGGCUCGUUCUCCUCACAGAGUUCUGUGCUGCCCGCUAACCUGAGCCGCGGCAGACUAAGCGGCCCACUUAGCAUCCAGCCAUUCCCUGACGAGCUUUACGAACAAGACGCAUUGAAACUCAUCCCGUUGGAAAAUAAUCUAUUUGCUGUGUUGCUGAACAAAGCCUUGGUCGUGCUGUUUGACCAGCAGGACCAGCCAAUGGCGUUCGAGAACCAGAACCCUGUCCAGAGCACGGGCGUUGCCAGAGUCGUGGACUGUUUGCUGUUUGGGUCCAAGGAACUGGUGACUGGGUUUGUGCAUCCUUCUGUGCCCAGCUCGUUGGUGCUCACCACGUCUGUUCCGGAAAUCGUGCAUGUGGACUUUUCGUCGUGGUGGUCCGUUUUGCAACAGUCGCUGGAAUCGAACGAUUUCUCUGGCCUUGCCUCGUUGAUCAACUCGCCGCUGCCUACCAAAGUGGACAAGCUCGGAACGUUCACUUUGCCUGCAUUUCGUCUGCCAACGCUAUCUGCUGUGCCGCUGGCUACCAACGAGCACAAAGUGACACUCAUAUGGAACAGCAUCCACAGCUACGCCGUUGCCAACACGCGGGUGUACGGGCUUUUCGACGAAGACGUGGAGAUGGACGGCCAGUCUCUUGAGCCGGAACCUUUGAUGGACGAGCACCAGUACACGAGUCCGGAUCUGUCGCGCCAGCUGAGGGCCACAAAGAACACGCUGCUGCGGAUCCAGAAAGAGCUGUACAACAUCAGCUCGAACCAGUCGCUGCAACCACAGAUCAAGGACAUGAACCAGCUGUACAAGAGCAGCGAGCUGGUCAACACGGGGCUGGUGUCUGUGUUCAGGACCCUGGCCACCACAAGCCAGAAGCUGGAACUCAUGCGGCGCGAGUUCAAGGUGCAGAUCGCGACGCUUGGCGAGCUCGAGCUCAACAAGACAGAGCGGCUCGCGGCCCACGACAGCUCGAAACGGAAAUUGGAGGCUCUGAGCGCAAAGCAAUCGGAGUUGGACACAAAAGUUGGCAAACUGUUAUCCACGAUGGAAACGAUCUACUCCCAGACAACCAACAGUGCGAACGCGCCGCUCACGAGAAAGGAAACGGCUUUUGCGAAACAGCUACAAAGAAUGAACGAACUGGUGGCCGACAAAGAACAGGACUUGAAGGCUGUGCAGACGUACGUUGACGGGCUCAAGGACACUGAAAGCGUGCCCGGAACGCCGUUGGCGGGCUACGAAAAAGAACUGGCGCGCAUGAAACACAAGUUAGACCUGCGCACGGACCUGAUCCAGUCUGUGGCUGGAGAGUUGAAAUCCAUGAAAAUUUGA